CUAGUAGAUCCAUUGUGAUUUACUGUCCUCUCUGCCUUGUGUUUUAAUUACUAGGUGAAAUUACUAAUUAUCUUUUGUCUAAUUUGUAGCAAACGAAUUUUGACUUUUAAUAGUUUUGUAAUAGAAUUGGUGUUGAAAAACAAUCAGCUCAUGUUUAGAGGAAGUGUUAUGAAGACAGUGGAAAUGUUCGGGGGUGGGAGACGAGUGCGAUAUCCAAAUUUGGGAUCAAGCUUCACUGUUCUUGACAUGGAUGAGACUGUCACUUGUUUCUGCAGAAAAGCCCGACGAAAAGACAAGGAGCCUUCUUCACUUUGUCCUGAUGACCCGAAGUUAUAUUUGGAAGAAGCAGUGCUAGAAAGAAAACUACCAGAUAUCGAUCUUAGAGUACUUGUUGACCUUCCUCCUGGAUUAGAUUAUAAUGAAUGGCUCGCCUCACACACUAUCGCGUUUUUCGACCAUAUCAACCUGGUGUAUGGAACAAUAUCAGAGUUUUGUACCAUGUCCGGGUGUCCUGACAUGACGGGACCGGGCUUUCGGACAUACCUUUGGUUUGACGAGAAAGGAAAGAAAACGAGAGUGGCGGCGCCUCAGUACAUUGAUUAUGUCAUGACCUUUACUCAGAAGACCAUAAGUGAUGAAACUAUUUUUCCUACUAAAUAUGCCAAUGAAUUUCCGAGCUCGUUCGAGUCGAUAGUGCGCAAAAUCCUGCGACUGCUGUUCCACGUGCUGGCGCACCUCUACCACUGUCACUUCCGCGAGGUGGUGCUACUCAACCUUCACCAGCACCUCAACUGCGUGUUCGCGCACCUCACACUCUUCAACCACCGCUUCGAGCUGAUCGAGGCGCGCGAGACCGAAAUACUCACCGACCUCGUUGUCGCACUCAAGAUACUCGAGACUGAACCGCACCACCAGCCGCAGCCGCAGACGGCAGCCAAGUGGUCGCCACCACGACGCUGGUCGCUGCAGCCGAGCAGACGUCGCUUCUCGUCGCCGCCUCCCAACCGCCGGCUGUGGCUGAGGUCAUCGCACAAAUCAGUCACUAGCUGCUAACAUGUCGCUGCUUCUGUUGCCUGCCUGCCUCAAUCUGCUGCCGCCUGCAAUUGGAACUUUAUGAAGAAGAUGCCACAAACCAUGAAUAACAAUAAACUCUUCACAAAAAUUCCCUACCAAUAUAUAAUUUACGAAUUUGUUAGUAAAGCUUGUAUAAACGUAUUUCCAACUCACAUAUCAAAAGUCCGGUUCUCUUUUUUUUAACAUGAUAAUAAACAGUAUUUUCAAUUGUAUUAAAUCUGUUUGAAUGUACUUAGCAUAAACUUUUUGGAGUAAAAAUAAUCCAUCCCUUGGUGCUAUAGAAAUUGUAAUAUAAUUUGGGAAUAGUAGGACUAUGUUAAUAUGUAUAGUAGUACUUAAAAUACUGUACUAUUUCAAAAUUCACGUAUUCAUUCAAAAUUUUAUUGAUGAAAAAGUUUUCAAAAUUAAUUCAUUUGAUUCUGAAUUAUUUGCUGUUAACUAUCAUAAUUCUUGACAACGUACACAAUACUAAGGAUAUCGUUUAUUAUUCUAGAUGUAUUUCUUCCUUCAUUUACAAUGGAUUUGUUGAUGUAUUUUCCAGUCUUAUAGAAUUUCUCAUUCUAAAGAAAUUGAAACGUCUUGUUUAUGCUUACUACUACAUUGAUGAUAAACAUCUACAUACUUUCAAAAGAAAUCUUGCAGAUCUUAUCAUUCACAAUGUCAACCUUUUCCGUCAUACUGUAUUCACAUAUUAUUCUGAAAAACUAUCUUACUAUCCUGUUGUAGGAUAGUGUUGGUAAUAUUCUAAGGUUUUGUCAAGCCAAUUACGUUUUAUGACCAGAAUAAUCACAAUUCAUGAAUAUUACAAUUUCAAGAAUUUUACACUUCAAGACAUGAUCGUUUUGCAAUAAUUGUUUUAAUAUGUUUUCAUAUUUGCUUGCUAUUAAUGAGCUUUAAUCUAUUUUCUGUAUUAUCAUUUUAGUAAUUUAGUAUUUCCAAAGUGCUACAUCUAUGCGAAAAUACAAUUACAUUCAAAUUAGAGUUUCGUCUUAAUUCAAAUUUAAUUCAGAUUCUAUAUUGUCGAAAUUAGAGCAUCGUCUUGAUUGCCUAGAAGCUUUAGAAGUCCCACAAUAUUUAGAAUUAAGAAGCUUUAUUAAAAUAUUGAACUAACCGUAAUUAUUUAGAUACUUGUUUCCAAUUGGGAUGAGUCCCAUUCUAUUUCUGAAUGAGAAAAUAGAUUGUAGUCAAUUAAAAAACUUAGGCACUAGAAUCAAUCUUUCGAAAAUUGUGCGACUGUGAAAAAUUUGAAAUAUUUUUUCUAGUGUGUACUGAAUAGUGAUUGUGUGAGUGAGUAACUGAGUGUAAAAAAUGAUUGUGCUUGAUUAUGGAUUAGGACUUUCUGCUUGAUUAUUAUUUUUCUUGUUAUUCUAUAAGUGUGACGUGAUCAGAACGAUCGUUUACGAUUAUUGUUUUAAAUCGAUAUGAAAUCUAGUCAGAAUAUUUAGGUCUAUCUUACGUUCUCAUUGUCUAAAUUUGUAUAGAAUUGUGUUUCAAGAUUAGAAUGAAGUGAUUCUUGUUAGUUUAAACUAGUUGCUUAAAACACGAAAAUAUCCUGUCUGGAAAUAAUUAUGAAUUAUAUUCCACUCUAUAAUAAUAGUGUAUCUUACACCUGUCUACUGCAAGAAAACUAUAUAGCAAACUAUUCAAAAUAUCAUAGUUUUCGUUCAUGAACGUUGAUGUAGGCUACCUACUUUGGUGCAGAACUAACUUACUCACUAGGUAUCAGAAAUCAACUCUUAAGCCGGGUCCAUACUAAACAAAUGUUAGACAAGCAUGUUUGUUGAAACAGUUUGGGCAAAUUUUAUUAUGUUUGACAAACAAUGUUUGCCUGUGGCCAGUGUGGACGCGUCACCAAACAAAAUAUUUGUAAGUGGGAAGAACAGUUAUAAUGUUUUACAGAAACACUGAAAAAGUUUGGAAAAAUAGUAAUUUUUUGUUUGACAAACAAUGAUUGUCCAAACUUUUUAAAAUGUUUGUCCUGAGCUCCUCAACAAACAUGUAUGUCGAACAUUUGUUCAGUGUGGAUACGACUUAACUUUGCCAACUGUUUUAGUAUUUAAACAUUUAAAUAUUAUUUUCUGACCUGAGUCAACUAUUCUAAUAAGUAUAAUUUUCUAUGUAUCACAUAGUGCCCAUUACUUUAUCUUCGUUUGUGUUUCUGAACCUUUACUUAUAAAGUGCAUGCUUUAUUUGUGCUUAUUUCUUUCGCGUUUAUCAGUUAUAACCAAAUUGAGUUGUAAGGAAGACUAAUCUAAUAAAUCAUUAACCUCAGCAACUGAGAAAUGGAUGUAGAAACUAGUAGUAUCAAAAAGCGUUUAUUUUUGUCGUUAUUCUGUAUAUACACUAUUCUUCCAUGAUAUAAGUUGAAGUGACUUCUACAAUAUAACUCGUGAUGAAAGGAUAAUAAUUGUUUAGUACUGCACCUGAACUAAACUUCAUAAAUUUGCACAAAUAAAUUAUUAUCAUUGUUGAAAAACUUUUUUGUGUAUAACUUUAGGCAUAUUUCGAGAAAUUAUAAAUAUAUGAUUGUAUCUGAAUUACUUUCAAUAACUCUGUAAUCAAAUUCGAAUCUGCGAUUCGCCAAUAAUUGGUGUCUUAUAAGAUAGCUAGAUGCUGUCAAUAGAAAUCAUAUUACAAUUUCACUAAAUCUAUUAUUAUCGAGCAUUGUGUGUGUUCAGCCUGCAUGCUGUCGGUAUUUACCAUCUUGCAAUUCGUGCUGAUCUGCUACAAAAAUAUAUGUGGAGUUGAAUAAUUCAAUGGAGAUGAUUUGAAAAUUUGAAGAUUAUCUAAUCACCUUCUGUAAACAAUUUUUGUAUGAUUGUUCUAUCAAUACAAUGUGGAAAUUCAAUCAAAUUAUAACUUCACAAGAUUGAGUGCCGGUUGCACAACAGCCGAUUAAAUCUUAACCGUGAUUAAUUUCACUAGAACCAAUAAGAGAAGGCCUUUUUGAAAAAACGGCUUCUCUGAUUGGUUCUCGUGGAAUUAAUCAGGGUUAAAAUUUAACCGGAUGUUGUGCAAUCGGCACUUAUACUAUUAAAAGGUGUUUCUAACUGAUAAGUUUCAGUAGUUUUGAUGGCUUUUAUUAUUAACACGGUAACUUUCACACUCAUAAAAUCACAAACAAUUUUUACCAAAGAAAAAUUGAUAAAAACUGUGAAUGGUUUGAUGAACCAUUCACUAGCCUCAUUAUGUAAAUAUAUUGUAUGAAAAAUGAUUGUAAUUUUUUUAUAAUCGAUGGAUUGUAUAGAAUAUUGGUCACUUCAAAUUAUGAAAAAUUGUAAAUAGAUUCAUACAAUGUCGCACAUUGUUGAAUGUUACGUUGUGAGUAUGCGGACUGUAUGAUGUAUGUGGUAUGUGCUCUGCACCUUUAAUUGUUAUUGUGAUCUUAGUUUCAUAAGGAUUAGUGAGGUUUUUGGUCUUAGUUUCAAACGUGAUAUACUAUACUAAUCUAACAUUUGAUUAUAAAAUACAUUUUCCCUCUUUUCGAAUAACUACUGCAAUCAAAAUUCCAGUGCUUAAAAAAUUUUCAGAUGCAAUAUUUUCGUUUUCGACGCUGUCAAAAUAGUUUUAUUGUGUGGUUAGCGAACGAAAAAGUAGAUUCUCCUCAGAAAUAAGCUGUUUUACGAGGAGAAUUGAGUAUGUAAAUUCUUUUUUUACGCGCAGUUGUAGAAAAUAGUUAUUUGUGCAACUAGUGCGCAAAGUGACAGUUUGCUGCACCGAAAGAAACGUUUACGCCCGAGCCGUAGGCGAGGGCGGAAUGGUUUCUUGAGUGCAGCAGAGGAACUUUGCGCACGUAUUUCACAUUAAAUUUUUCCUACAGUUACCAUUGAAUAUGAAAAGUGGGUAAUUAUGGGUAAAAUUGCCUGAAAUGCAUCAAAUGUUUCUCUGUGUAAUUUUAUUAUUGAUAAAAACCUUAAUCCUAAAAUCCUAAAGUCCUCGUUGUCGUUGGUUAUAAUAUAUAAUGAAAAUAAUAAUUAGCGCGUUGUGCUUGGUUGCACCUCUGCUCACUAUAGCAGCCACAGCAGUCACUGUUACCAACUUAAUUUUGAUUUUGCUGCACUGUUGCUCCAUAUAACCUACUAAGUAUUUUGCGUUGCCAUGUUGCAAAUCUGGAGUGCAGAAAAAUUUUUCCCGCACUAGAGCGGAAAAGUGAUUCUUUGCGUUCUGUAAUCAGUGCAGCAAUGGCCACUUUUCAACGUAACUGUAGGAAAAGAAAAUUUUGCACUUUUUACAGUAUAUACAGAGCAUGAAAUUAUCAUAAUCACGAAAAUAAUUAAAAAGAUAACUUGAAAUCACAAUCAUAUCCUAAAGAACAUUACAAAAAAUCAUUAUCAAGGAAAAUAAUCCCAAAGGUUACAAAAACUAGAUUAGGAAAUUUAAUAAGUUUUGGUCAAUAGCCUGUUUUUUUGUUUUCCGGUCGUUGUUAUUGUUUGUGUUAACCUAAAGGUGCGUACAGAUAUACGCGCCGCGAACAUGAGCAAUUCACUUUUUAUCAGCUGACUAUAUCUGUAUUUUUACAGAAACGGUAAGAUACAGAUAUAAAAUGUUUGGCAUCAGCUGAUUAAAAGUGAAUUGCUCAUGUUCGCGGCGCGUAUACCUGUACGCACCUUAAUAAAUGAAUAAAACCUGUUUGGGCAGAAAUUCGAGUUUAGAUUGAAAAUACUGAGGGAGAUUCUAUUGAAUUUUUGAAACAAGCUAAAUUUAUUGUAAGUUCAAACGUCAGUUUAUACGCUUAGUGUCGGUUGCACAUAAGUCGGUUAAGUUUUAAUCGUGAUUAAUUCCACGAGAGCCAAUCAGAGAAGCUGUCUUAUCAAAAAGGCAUUCUCUGAUUGGUUCUCGUGGAAUUAAUCAUGGUUAAAAUUUAACCGGCUUUUGUGCAACCGACACUAAGCGUAUAAACUGACGUUUUGAACUUACAAUUUUAGCUUGUUUCAAAUUAGUCUUUAGCCUUAUUAUUUCAAUGCAAUUUCCCUUUUCGUCCAUCAUAAUUGUUUCACAAUAUCUUUCAGUGAAGAUCUAAAUGUCUUAUUCAGUUUUUGAAAUCCUUAUUUAUUCGUGACUAGAAAAUAAAUCUGAUUAUAAUUUACUGAUUUAUUGAUAAUGCUGGACAGCCUGUUUUGGAAAAUAAACCUACAAUAUUUAAAGAGACUUGAGAUGUUCAUUAAUCACUCUACAAACCUUCAAGACUCUGAAAAUAAGAAAUAGAUAUUUUGAUUAUAUCCUAGAAGAUUCAAUAUUAAGAUUGACCGUUGAUUCCAUAUGUUUUGGUUUAUCUAAUAUGUUUUAAUUCAAUGUUGAAAAAUUAUUCUCUCUCUCUCUCUCUCUCUCUCUCUCUCUCUCUCUCUCUCUCUCUCUCUCUCUCUCUCUCUCUCUCUCUCUAAACGGUUGUGUGGCAGAGAGGACGCCGAGAUACGCCUUAAUAAAGGCAUAUAAUCAAUCAAUCAAUCUCCAAUGGCGCUACAGCCCAAAUCGGGCUCUGGCCACAACCAAAAUACGCCUCCAUCCAUCUCUAUCUAACGCCGCUCUCUUCCAUCCCCUUAAUUGUAACAUUUCAUUAGCAUCCUUCUGCACUCUAUCCUCCCAUCGCUCCCUUGGUCUCCCCACAGGUCGUCUUCCUCCAGGCUGACCAACUAACACUUUCCUUGGCAGUUGGCACUCGUGUUUCAGGCAUUCUUUGCACAUGCCCUGCCCAUCGGAGGCGCAUCAAUUUUAUGUGGGCCGAUAAUUGGGGCUCUGCAUAAAGCUCUUUCAAUUCAGAAUUCGUACGUAUGCGCCAUUGUCCAUCCUCGCAAACCGGUCUAUAGAUUCUUCUCAGGAUUUUUCUCUCAAACACAUAUGAGGAUUUUUCUCUCAAACACAUCUUAGGAUUUUUCUCUCAAACACAUCUCAGGAUUUUUCUCUCAAACACAUCUCAGGAUUUUUCUCUCAAACACAUCCAAGAUACCCGCUGUUCUGGCUGUGAUAGUCCAAGCUUCACUACCGUAGCAAACCACCACUCUUAUUAUACUCAUAUAGAGCUUUAUUUUACAUAUCCGGUGUACAUUUCUAUUCUUGAAUAUGUUCAGUAAUUUGAAAAAUUAUUCUGGCAACCUUAAAUUUAGCUCUUCUUGCACUGGAAUUUUGAUUUCUAAUUUCUGUUGAUAAUAUUUUUUGUUCUGUUGAUAGACUGUUAGAUGACAACUUGUAGUUGUUCAGUAAUUUCAUCCUCAGUAAUGUUCAGUAAUUUGAAAAAUUAUUCUGGGAACCUUAAAUUUCUCUCUUCUUGCACUGGAAUUUUGAUUUCUAAUUUCUGUUGAUAAUAUUUUUUGUUCUGUUGAUAGACUGUUAGAUGACAACUUGUAGUUUAAAUUCACUGUACAAAGAAAAUUAUUUUCCGUCGAAACUUUGUUACCGUAUCACACUACUACUGUAAUAUUAAUUGAAGAUAUCAUCGGGAUGUAGAUUCUACUUUGUAGUCAUUGAUUUAGGUUUAAUGUUGAACAACAUUUGUAUACAGAUGGCUCUUUUCUUAGUCAAUGCCUUUUUAAUGGAAACCACCUACGAAUUCUUUUUGAACUGUAAUACAAUUUGAGGACGAUAUGUGAGCUGAACUAUUUGAUUGAUUACUAGCAUUUUAAAGUUACUGAAAUUGAUUAGUUAUAGUGAACUUGAAAAGGCCUGUCUGUAAACAAAUGUAGACUGCAGAUAAAUGUAUAGUUGUGAUAGAAAAUAUUUCAUCAGUUGCCACAAUUAACUCACUCUAAUUUUUGCGGUUGAGAUGAAAUAUUUAUUUUCUGUAGUAUUAUACAAAUAAAAAUUAAUAAUUGUGGCUACUAAGUAAUUAUUAGUGUGUUAAUAAAUUUAUUUGUUAGUAA